AUGGCUCCUUUUUCCGAAUAUCCACUCCAAAAUGCUAUUCGACACCACCGAAGCUCAUUAAAGAGGCUCGUUUACUAUGAGCGACAGCUUGAACAAAUCGACGAUGCGGGACUAUUCGAGGAAGAUCGAGAUGUAUCUUCAUAUUGGAUAUUCUCUAACAUCGUGAACUUGAGUCGCAUGAUAGCUUUGGCACUUUGUGUGAGCCCCUCCGCAGCGGGCCAGCAAGAUACAACUACAGGUUUUAUAUUUAAGGUUCAGCGGGCCCGAGAGGAUUCAUCGAUAUAUUAA